GGGUCUUGACCCGAAACGUCACCCAUUCCUUCUCUCCAGAGAUGCUGCCUGUCCCACUGAAUUACUCCAGCACUUUGUGUCUAUCUUCGAUUUAAACCAGCAUCUGCAGUUGUUUCCUCCACCUCCUUGGAAUAGCAAUGGAAUGGCCAUUGACCUAGAGUGUUAACCCUUUUUCUCCCCUCUCUCCUUACAAUGUCGCAUGCCCCGUUGAAUAUUUCCAGCAUUUCCUGUUGUCUAUUUCAGAUUUCCAGCAUCAGCUGAUUUUUUUUUUGUUAUUGUUGGCUUGCUUACGUGCUGGGUAUUGUGCAGCGAUGAUUCACCUCAGAAGUGCGAUGGGCUCCCCUGUCAGAUCAUUUUAAACACUGUCUGGAUGCAGGGAAACCGCUUCAGUGGACCAUAUGAUUUUAUUUAUCUCAGAAAGUUGCCCGUUUUAUUUUCAGCUCCCAUUCUCUGUGAUUGGUUCUCUAAAUGGCGUGCACAUGUUCGGGAGCAACCAGGACGUUCUGCUGACUAGCACCUGCACUGACAACACCAGAGUCUGUUGGAGAGUCUUCCGGGACAGCAUCACACUCAUCGUCAUGAGCUCUGAGGAAGAUGCCAGUGACCUUUACCUCAGCCGCCUGUUAGACAACGUGUUCGGUGCCAUGGUCCUGGUGAUUGGCUUGGACGAUCUGGUGAACCUCAAGAACGUGGAGCGAUUGAAGCGGGAACUCCGGGCCUGUUACAAGUUGAUUGAUAGUUUGCUGACUGCGUCAGAUUGGAUUGGAGACCUGACACUAUGUGUGGAUUGUGUAGUGUCUCCCGAUGCAGCAAUACUGCAGGUAGCACUGGAAGUAUUUGUGGCUGCAGCACAGAGCCACUUUGGGUGCUUAAUGGUCAUGGGCAAAGUGGUCGUGGCCACGGAGAAGUGGUGGCGACUGGCCGCCCAGGAGGUGGUUCUGUUGACGUGGCUGGUUGGAUCGCUGGCACCCAACUCAUCACGGGACUACCCCAUCUACUUGCCACAAGGCAGCCCGACUGUACCACACAGGCUGCUGACCUUUCAGUUGGUCCCUGGAGUGGACGUGUGCUUGCUGUGUGGACCAACUCCAUCUUUGCAGCAAGUUCAGACAGAGUUAGUGGAACGGUUCUGGAGCCCAGUGCUUGAACCUUUAAAAACAUGCCUCAGCUUACAUCAGUGUACUUUCCCCAUCUGCAUUCCUUUACACCACAGCAUUAUUGGCCUUCUGCUAAUAAACAGGGAACAGAACAAGAAUUUAUUCACCUUGCAGCCCCACGGUGUGGAAAGAAGCCAGCUGCCGGGGACAGUACUCAGUCCUGAGAGGCGCAGAUCAGUUCUGCGGCAAUUUUACACCCUGGCCGUCUCUGCGUACUUCCCAGCUGAAGCAAGUGAGGACAAACCUGCAGUUCUCCUCGAGGAAUUCCACGCCGGCUUCACGCACUCGCCAACAGAGUGCUACGUCGCCGCCGACGACCACAAGAGCUACGGCAUCCAGACCCGCCAGCACCAGCUGCUGCUGACCUUCACGCCCGAGACCCCCACCUUCACCCUGCGCAACAUCGCCACCAAAACGCUCAGCCUGUUGACGAAAGAAGUGCCGUUCUGAGCCAACUGGGGAAGCAGUAGCUGCCCCCCCCUCCCCCCUGAGGCGAGGGGUGAUACAGCUGGUGACCAUGUCCCAGCUCACUCCACACCGCUACCUGGGAGGCUUCAUCCCAGGCAUGGUGGCCGUCGGAGUUCCCCAGCUGGUGCUCCCUCCUGGCUCUCUGGACUGUGCUCCUCAACGAUGCUUGUGGUGCAUCACCAGGCCCAGGAGUGGCCACGGUGAGUACUUGUACUUGUCCAUGUUUCAGGCCGUCCAGUGGUAGGCCUGAAACCAGCCCUGCGAGCGGAACAGUGCCCCGCUGAGUUAUGAUCUGCCACAUGCUCUCGGAAGAGGGAAGAUGGGCGCUGGGGUGCGGCAGCACUGUGGCGCAGAGGUAGUAUCGCUGCCUCACAGCGCCAGGGACUUGUGUUCGAUCCUGACUACGGGUGCUAUCUGUACACAGAGUUUGUACGUUCUCUCUGUGACCACGUGGGUUUCCUCCCACAUUCCAACGAUGCAUUGGGUAGUUGGCUUUGUUAAGAAUUGUAAAUUGUCCCCAGUGUGUAGGAUAGUGAGUGUAAAGGGAUCGCUGGUCGGCGCGGACUCAUUGGGCUGCAGGGCCCGUUUAUGCGCUGUACCUCCAAUGUCUGAAGUUCUCUAGCGACAUCAUGUCACGCAAGGUGUGUAUUACCCGUGCCUGGUUCAUGGUGACGUAGGUAGUGACGCGCGGUGCCCCAGAGUUUUGGCAUUUGCAAAAUCUUCACGCACCAUCUGCGCGAUGCGCAAAUGACACCCAAGUGGGACAGGCCCUUAAGCUACACAAGUUUCUUGAAGUCUUUGCUGUUGCGCUGUUCUUUAACACUGAAUUAGUCAAUACAUCCUCAGGACCUUAAUGUUUUAACCUGUUUUCACAACAUCAGUUGUUGUUAUUUUGCUGUUUCAUGCCACCAUUUAUUUUCGGACACCAACCCACAGAACCCAGAUGUAAUCAAAGCAUCUUUGAACCACACACACCAACGAGCCACACCCUGACAUAGAAAAUAGGUGCAGGGGUAGGCCAUUCGGCCCUUCGAGCCUGCACUGCCAUUCAAUAUGAUCAUGGCUGAUCAUCCAACAGUAUCCCAUCCCUGCCUUCUCUCCAUACCCCCUGAUCCCUUUAGCCACAAGGGCCACAUCUAACUCCCUCUUAAAUAUAGCCAAUGAACUGGCCUCAACUACCUUCUGAGGCAGAGAAUUCCACAGAUUCACCACUCUCUGUGUGAAAAAUGUUUUUCUCAUCUCCGUCCUAAAAGACUUCCCCAUCUUGGUCCUAAAAGAUGACCAUCACGUUUAACAUCACAGGCUUUUGUAAAAGCCUUUGUUGUCAGAGCUGAGCCAGAACAGUUGGGAUGAGCUAGUAUUUGUCAUGACCGUGUUUGUCGUCCAUCAUGGAAUGAUAUAUAAAUGAUACAACUUAUCCAUUUGUCUGUCACCUUGUCUACGUUCUCCAGCCAAGGAGGCUUGCCUUGUCAAUGUCACAAGUGAUAGGAGCAGAAUUAGGCCAUUCGGCCCAUUAAGUCUACUACCCCAUUCAAUCAUGGCUGAUCUAUCUCUCCCUCCUAACCCCAUUCUCAGGCCUUCUCCCCAUAACCUCUGACACCCGUACUGAUCACAAAUCUAUCUAUCUCUGUUUUAAAAAUAUCAAUUGAUAGAAACAUAGAAAUUAGGUGCAGGAGUAGGCCAUUCGGCCCUUCGAGCCUGCACCGCCAUUCAAUAUGAUCAUGGCUGAUCAUCCAACUCAGUAUCCCGUACCUGCCUUCUCUCCAUACCCCCUGAUCCCCUUAGCCACAAGGGCCACAUCUAACUCCCUCUUAAAUAUAGCCAAUGAACUGGCCUCAACUACCCUCUGUGGCAGAGAGUUCCAGAGAUUCACCACUCUCUGUGUUCAUCUCGGUUUUAAAGGAUUUCCCCCUUAUCCUUAAGCUGUGACCCCUUGUCCUGGACUUCCCUAACAUCGGGAACAAUCUUCCUGCAUUGAGCCUGUCCAACCCCUUAAGAAUUUUGUAAGUUUCUAUAAGAUCCCCUCUCAAUCUUCUAAAUUCUAGAGAGUAUGGCCUCCACAGCUGUCUGUGGCAAUGAAUUCCACAGAUUCAUCACCCUCUGACUAAAGAGGGUCUGACUGAUGCCCCCAAUAUAGAUUGAAACAAGAAUCCAUUCAAACCAUUCCCCUCUCCCCCCAGCCCCAGCCCAAAAGCCAUUGUUCCUCCUCUGUGUUUUUCUAUUUCCCCCUCAAGCCCUGUUUAAGGGCUUCUAUAUGUUCUGUAUUCAUGCCUUCUAUAUUCCGUUGUGCUGAAGCAAAGCAAGAAUUUCAUUGUCCUAUCUGGAACACAUGACAAUAAACUCUCUUGAAUCUUGAGGAUAGUUUCAGUCACCCUUGCAGGCAGUGGAUUUCCAAUCCAGAAGUUCUCUCUGUAACCAAAAACUUUUCCUGGCUUCUUGCCUCCUUGUAUCUUUUACUGCCACUUUGAGCCUCUGGUCCAACUGAGCGAUUUUUCUAUUUAUCCCUCUCGCCAAGCUCCAGUAUCCAUCAAAUCUCCUUUCAACCUUUGUUGAAGUGAUAUAACCCCGGGCUAAUCCAGAGGAAGUGUCUUUUCUUGUCCCCUGCUGUGGAACCAGGAGCCAUUGAUGAAUGAGGUGCUAGAUUAAGCAGCAUUGCCUCGAUUCACCUCGUACAUGAACUGAUCUGUUCUGUAUUCAUGCCUUCUAUAUUCCGUUGUGCUGAAGCAAAGCAAGAAUUUCAAUGUCCUAUCUGGGACACAUGACAAUAAACUCUCUUGACUUGAAACUCCCAAUUCUGAUUUUCCCAUGACACAACCUACUAAAUCUAACGAAAGAUCCGCACCAUAAAUUUCUGCCUUCCCCUCAACACAAGUAGUGGGCUGCACCAAUGUACAGGGAAUGGUAUGUGCGUCUUUUCCUGAACGACUGUGUUAUCAAGGACUUGCUGCAUUAUCUGUGCAGUAAGAUGCAGUAAAUCAGCUGCAGCCAAUCGUAAGUUACAGCAGAGAGGGUCAUUUCAGGCCACCUUGCUUCUGCUGCUCAAAAACAAGAGCUACAAAAAUCACUCCCACAUCUUCAGCCACAGGGUUCUUCAAAGUUCAUAACGUGAUGUUUCGAACGCCGUGAGGGUUCCUUUUUUCACUGCAUUUUGAGUAAAGACAUUUUUUUCUUAAUCACCUCCUAAUCCUUCUACAAUUUCAACUUGAAUGUCCCAAAUUGUUGUCCCAAAUGUCCCAAUUUCAACUUGAAUGUCCCAAAUUGUUGUCCCAAAUGUCCCAAUUUCAACUUGAAUGUCCCAAAUUGUUGGAAAAACCAGAUCCUUCUUCUGGGCCUCUGAUUUUAUAUAUCUAAAUUAAACCUUGGUUCAAAGUGAUCCAAAGAAUGCAAUGCAAGCUCAG